AUGGGAGUCGUCCAUAGGCGGGGCUUGAGUGUUUACUGUCUCAUUGACUGUUAGUCGUUGGGUAUGUUGACAAGAUGGAGUUCUUGCUGGGAAACCCAUACAGUACUCCGGUGGGACAGUGCAUUGAAAGAGCCACAGAUGGCUCACUACAAAGUGAAGACUGGACCUUGAAUAUGGAAAUAUGUGACAUAAUCAAUGAAACAGAAGAUGGGCCUAAAGAUGCUAUAAGAGCUGUGAAGAAGAGGCUUAACGGGAAUAAAAACUACAGGGAGGUGAUGCUAACGCUGACGGUUCUUGAGACAUGUGUAAAGAACUGUGGGUACCGGUUCCACGCACUUGUCACCACCCGGGACUUUAUUGAUGGCGUUUUGGUGAAAAUCAUAUCUCCAAAAAAUAACCCACCUGCCAUAGUGCAGGACAAAGUACUAGCUUUGAUACAGGCAUGGGCAGAUGCCUUCAGGAGUAGUCCAGAUUUGACUGGAGUAGUCCACGUCUACGAAGAAAUGAAGAGGAAGGGUAUAGAGUUUCCUCGAUCUGACUUGGAGACCUUGUCCCCCAUUCACACACCACAACGGCAGCAAAGUGCUCCAGAGUUGGACCAGCAGAAAUAUAACGCCCCAGUCCAGCCCAAGCCGCAGCCUCACCCUGCCUCCGCUCCUCCUUUCUCUGCCCCCGUCACCCACACUUCUCCACAGAUGCCCAAUCUGCACAUGUCUGGGCCCAUUAACCCUUCCCCUGAACAGAUUUGCAAGCUACGCAGUGAGCUCGACAUUGUGCGUGGGAACACUAAGGUGAUGUCGGAGAUGUUGACCGAGAUGGUUCCUGGUCAAGAGGAUCCGUCCGAUCAUGAGCUUCUUCAGGAGUUGAAUAGAACGUGCAGGGCCAUGCAGCAGAGGAUAGUUGAGCUCAUCUCACGUGUGUCCAAUGAGGAAGUCACAGAGGAGCUCCUGCAUGUCAACGAUGACCUCAACAACAUCUUUCUACGAUAUGAGAGAUACGAAAGAUUCCGAUCUGGCCGAACUGCUCAAGGCGUAAACAACGGGCUGAGGGAGGUCUUGAAUGAGGCGACGGAAGAUAACCUGAUUGAUCUGGGACCAGGGUCUCCUGCAGUGGUCAGCCCCAGGAUCAGUGCUACUCCUCCGUCCAGCUUGCCUCCUUCUGUGGCUCCGAUUCGCUCCGCCUCACCAGUCACUCUCUCCUCCAGACUGGCAGGUUUGGAUGUCGGUUCUGACAGUGUGAGCGGCACCUUGAGCUCUUUGACUACCUGUCAACCCCAAGAUGACUUCGACACGUUUGCCCAGACCAGGACUAGCACCAUACCUGAGAGGAAGAGUGCACCAUUCGAAGACACAAAGGCUUCAAGUGGAGUGGCCCCGACUCUGGAUGUCCGACAACAACACACUGGGGCAGCUCUUGACCAGUCCUCUGUCAUGGAUGACAUUGAGGAGUGGCUCUGUACUGAUGUGAAAGGAGAUGGAGAAGAGGGUGUGACAAGUGAAGAGUUUGACAAGUUUCUGGAGGAGAGAGCCAAAGCGGCAGAGAUGGUGCCCACGCUGCCCACACCCCCGAGUGACGAGCUUUCUGCCGCCGCCGGAGCUUCCGCAAACGCGAGUAAAAAGGCAGGCAGGUCCGAGGACUCUCUCUUUGCCUUGUAGAUAAGUGUCAGAUCCUCUGGGGCGGCCCUGUGACGGGUCAGCCGCUUUGCAGAUCUAUUGGCGUCUCCUCUUUCUCUUCCUGCUUCCUGCUUCUCCAGCACAGUCAACACUACCACAGCUGAAGUGAUCAACCGUUUCAUGAUCUAGACAUUUUCAUAACGGACAUUUUUCAUACUCUACCAAGUUUUCAUUCCAUUGAAAAUACUGUGUAAGAUCCACUCAUAACUCCCUCUAAAAGCAUACCGUUCCUUGUGGAUCCGAGAGUUCGAUGUCUAUUUUUUUUAUUGAUAUUUGUGGUAUAAAGCAAGGAAGUUCUUGCAAAAUCCAGAUCCGGUCAUGUCUAACUUUGUGUUCACUGUGGUCCUGCAUGCAACAGCUGGAUAAUCCAAUUUCUCUUUACUCAAUGAAUUAUCUGUAAAGGGAGCUAAUAGUUUUUUCUUCUUCUUCUUUUUUUCUAGUUUUAUUUGCCUGAUGAUUUGCUUUAAAGGGAUGUUAUACAUAGGAUUAUUUAUUGUAUAAUUUCCAAUUAAUACCUCUGGCGAGAUGAGAGCUGAUGGUAGCAGUUCAGCUGGCAAAUUUAAGAUUUUUUGUAAAUUACUACCAGUUACUGAAUAAGACGUUCAACUAUUAGAGAGAGAAGUUUUAAACAUAGUCGUAAUUUAUUCAAAUUAUAAUACGUUUUGGUUUUGCUUAAAAGGGACAGAAGCGGAAGAUUAGUUCACCCAAAAAUGUUAAUUGUCGUUAAUUACUCGCCCACAUUUUGCUCCAAACCUGUAAGAUCUUUGUUCUUCUUCGAGACCCAAAUUAAGAUAUUUUUGCUGAAUCCUGAGAGCUCUCUGACCCUCCCAUAGACAGCAGUGUACUGAACACGAUCAAGGUCCAGAAAUCAUGGGAGAAUCAGAGAGCUUCAUCAAAAGUAUCCUUAAUUUGUGGUCUAAAUAUGAACGAAGGUCUUACGGUUUUGGAAUGGGCGAGUAGUUAAUGACAGAAUGAAAAUUUUUGGAUGAACUAUCCCUUUAACUACAUGGGUCGCAUCAGAGGGAAAAUGAUAUUAAUAUUUCACUGGAUACUUUUAAAUGCAAUUUUACUCGGCAAAACCGUCGCCUAUUAGAAAGGAUUAAUAGGAACGAAAAGUGUGUAUUUCAAUUUAAUUUGCACUGAAAGAAUAAUUCACCUCUUGGCUGUGUUAAAAGAGCUUUUGUUCAAAUAUGAAAUUUAAGCUGUCGUUCAUUUUCAACGCUGUCUAUUCCGAGGCCGAAAAAAACAAAUGGAGUUUCCAGAGAGCUGAUGGUGACUGCGAGGCAGUUUAAAUUGGAUUUUACCUCGCACAACUGCAGCAGAAGUGGUGUCGAGCUUAACGUUGUUGUUAUUAUUGGGAAUGAAAUGGAUCUGCCUUAAAGAACUGGUUGCGGGUAGUUUAAGGUGCAGUCCACUAAUGGUCAUGUGACAUUUGGUACUCUCAUGUUUGCACAUCAGAGAUUUGAUUUAGUGAGGUGAAUGUGCUGAUGUAAUAUCUUGGUUUGAGUGCCGUGUCUCGCUGUUGUGUUCAUACUGUUUUGACGGACCAAAUGUUUAACCUUAGCAAAUAAUUUUAAGCGUAGAGUCAACUAAGACGUAUAUUGCUUUUAAAACGUCCAGAGGAGUUUUAGUUGUGUUUGUAUUUGAUUUUCUUUUUUCGUUCAUAUAGGUGAGCACAAAUCGGAGGGACAGUGCAGUUCUGCAUGGCUAAUUAUUUUAUAUGAUUUGUCACACUACACUAAAUAUGUAUUAUGAACCCCAGAUCUAUUGAGCGACUAAGUUUUGGACCGCUUGCGCUCACAGUUUCAGUUUGAAAACUGGGAUUUUUGAGGAUCGCCACCUUUGGCAGAAUUAUUGGGAGUUCAUUAUGCCGUGUUUGUGAAUCGGAGCUGUUAGGACAAUGUAAGGGAAACGGUUCAGGUGUCAGUGAUAUUUAGUCUGUUAGUUUGAUGUUUUUGAGAAGAGCUAGAAAGAAAUUUAAGGAUAGCUGUAGCAGGGAUGCAGCUUGAUUAUACACAAGCAUUAAUACUAAAAUAUUAUGGCUACUGUGUAUUUCUGUUGAUAACAGGAGGUUUGAGGGACACGGUCACAACUGACUGGUUUCUUUCAUGAGAUCUGUAUCUCCUUCUAUAUUACUAAUAUGUACACACUAAACUACACUAAAGUUUUACCUCCCAUGGAUGUUUGCCAUCCCAUUUAAAUGCUGUUGUUAUUGUUCUUGACACUAUCACUGAAAUUUGUGGAAAAACACGUGAUUUGAGCAUCUACCUUGAAUUAAUUUUUCAGCAAUCGUGCAAUUUCAUCACUUAAUGCUGCACUACGGUUUGAUUUAUUUGAAAUGGUUUGAGCUGUAAAUUAGUCUCAGUAAUGUACAGUUUGAGAAAGCAGAACAUUUUAUCUUUUUUUUUUUUUUUUUUCAGAAAACAGUAUUGGUUACUGUAUAUUAGAAUGAAGGGACUGUAAAGAUAAAAAAAAAAUCAUAGAUUUGGAGUUUCCACUUUUUUUUUUUUCCAAUGUAGCUGGAAUGAAAAUAUUUGACUGACUUAAUGCAAUCAGAUAAAAUAAAUCCCCAGCAUAUGGUCAGGUUAUGCCAAUGUCUUUUGUACCAUUGAGAGCAUUUCUUUAUAGGAAAGGCACUUUUCUUCUCUUUGAUAUGUAUUUGGAGUUGUGUGCGCGUGCGUGUGUGUGUGUGUGUGUGUCUAUGUAUAUGUGUGUGAACAACAGCUCCUGAUAUCCUGAUGUCUGCUGCAGACACCAUGUUUAUUCUGUAUUUACCAAGAGACAGAAAGGAGAGAAUCUAGCUUUCUAAAAUGACACAUCUCUAUAAAGAAAAGUGAUACUGCAGUGUGUGUGUGUGUGUGUAUAAGUAAGUGAGUGAGUGAGUGAGUGAAGGGAUUGGAUUAAGCUGUACUCUCCAGCCGGUGAUCAUUUCUGUGGUCAAUCUUGGUUGUACAGAUUGUACUGGUGUUGGUCUGUGUGCUUACCUGUUGUUAUACCUCAAGCUGCUCUCUGUAUUGUUUGAUUCAUGCAUGUGUUGAACUCCAAUAAAAUAUACCAAGAUGGUGAUAUGUUACCAGA